AAAAAGGCAGGAAACGGGGAAUCUGAUUUUUUGGGAAAAAAAAAAAAAAGAAGAAGAAGAAGAAGAAAUAAAGUACCUGUCAUCUUGACAAGUGGCGGAGCGGAGGAGUCUAGGAUUAUAAAUGAUCGCAGCCCGGUCCAGCUCGCCCGCGAUUGGGCUCUCCCGCGAUCAGCACCGGGGAAGCUCAUGAGAGGCCAAUGAGAAUUGAACACUGAGCAUAAUUUGUAACAAGCAGGACUGAUGUGCACACAGAAGGAAUGAAGUAUGGAUGUGAAAGAACGUAGGCCUUAUUGCUCCCUGACCAAGAGCAGACGAGAAAAAGAACGCCGGUAUACAAAUUCCUCAGCAGACAAUGAAGAGUGUAGGGUCCCUACGCAGAAGUCCUAUAGUUCCAGUGAAACCUUGAAAGCUUUUGAUCACGAUUCCUCGCGCCUGCUUUAUGGAAACAGAGUAAAGGAUUUGGUUCACAGAGAAGCAGACGAGUAUACUAGACAAGGACAGAAUUUUACCCUAAGGCAGUUAGGAGUUUGUGAACCAGCAACUCGAAGAGGACUGGCAUUUUGUGCGGAAAUGGGGCUCCCUCACAGAGGUUACUCUAUCAGUGCAGGGUCAGAUGCUGAUACUGAAAAUGAAGCAGUGAUGUCCCCAGAGCAUGCCAUGAGACUGUGGGGCCGGGGGGUCAAAUCGGGCCGCAGCUCCUGCCUGUCAAGUCGGUCCAACUCAGCCCUCACCCUGACAGACACGGAGCAUGAAAACAAGUCCGACAGUGACAAUGCUUGAGAUGUGUGAGUGGAAUUAUUUUUAGAUCAACAAAUGUUGAAAGAAGAGAACAUGAAUAAAAUAACUCACCAAAACGAAACCAGUUUAGGAACCAGACACUGAUUUGUUUUCAUCUGAUGUAACAUGGGAAUUUCGUUCAGUGUUUUUAUCGUUUGAAAAAACCAUGAUAGGAGGUGGUCUUCCCAGGAAAAGAUGUUAUUCAACAUUUGUAAAAUUAUGCAAGCCGAGUGCCUGACCUAGUUUUAACUUCAAAGAAGAGUUUAGUAACUACAACAGAUUAGAUUUCACUUAUUUAUUGACAAAAAGGCCAGCAGUUCAAGUUCAGAAGGUACUAAAACUGCUGGGAAGCUAAUGAAAUUGUGACAGCUGGAGCAUCGUACCAGAGUAGAGAAGCAUUCGGGCCUUGUCACCUGCCUUCCUGUGAGCAGAGACUCAAAACAAGUGAGAGACUUUAUUCUUUUGC